AUGCCACCAAAGAAGAGCCAGCCAUCCGACAAGAACAAAGCCAAGGCCAAGGCCAAGUCGGCCGAGGACAAGACCUUUGGGAUGAAGAACAAGAACAAGUCGAAAAAAGUGCAGCAGCAGAUCAACCAGAUACAGAGCGGAGUCGACGGGGGUCUAGCCAAGAGGAAAGAAGCCGAGGCCAAACGGAAAGCAGAGGAGAAGAAAGCCGCCGAGGAGGCCAAGAGGGAAGCGGCCAAACUCUUUGGCAUCCAGCAGCAGAAAGUGCCAUUUGGCGUUGACCCCAAGUCCAUCCUAUGUGAGUUUUUCAAACAGGGGUUAUGUAACAAGGGCAACAAGUGUAAAUUCAGCCACGAUCCCAAUGUCGGCCGGAAGGACGCCAAGAAGGACUUGUACACCGACGCGAGAGAGGAGAAGGAGCAGGACACCAUGGACAAUUGGGACGAGGAGAAGUUGCGCUCGGUCAUCUUGUCGAAACACGGGAAUCCCAAGACCACCACGGACAAAGUGUGCAAGCACUUUAUCGAGGCUGUCGAGAAUGGCAAAUACGGGUGGUUUUGGGUCUGUCCCAAUGGUGGUAACGAGUGCAAAUACAAGCAUUCCUUGCCACCGGGCUUUGUAUUGAAGACAAAGGAGCAAAAGAAGUUGGAGAAGCUCGCGGCUGAGAACGAGCCCAAGAUCUCACUUGAAGAGUUUUUGGAGUUGGAAAGAAGCAAGAUGGACAAGACCCAUUUCACUCCCAUCACAGCGGCAUCGUUCAAAAAAUGGAAAAUCGAGCAACGGUCCAAAAGGGAGUCGCAACGGAAGGAAGCCGAUAAGAAAUCAAGGAGACCUCUCACUGGUAGAGAAGUCAUCUUGGAGAAGUUCUCAGACAAGUACUUCACGGAAGACGACGACAAUGAAGGCAACGGCGACUCGUGGGACUUGUCGCAGUUCAAAACAGAGGCAACGGAGGACGAUGCCAACAUUAAGGAUUACGGUGAUGGUUCCAAUGCCCAGGAAUACUAUCAGGAGGAAAGCAACGAGGCGAAGGAUGAGCAAAGUGGCGAAAUCGAGCAGGCCAGCGUUAAUGGAGAUGUGCAACAGGAACAGGAAGAAGAUUCACAAGAUAACCAUUCAAACGGAGAUGUAAUUCGAGAUAGCGGAGACGCCGAGCUAACUAAUGGCAAAGCCAGCGGCAAUCUAGCGCCGGUGACUACUUAG